UGCGAUGAAGAUACCCCAUAUCUAGGGUUUGUGGUUUUCGGCAUUUAUUUUCAACCCAAUUCGGGGGGUGUUUAUCGGCAUUUAUAUGGGGGACUAUAAAUCGGAUUUUUUCGGCAUCUAUAUUCCGCCCAAAAAAUAAAUGCCCGGAUACGGGCAUCUAUUUAUUUCGCAUGAAGGAAAGCCUAUUUUGCGCGUGAAGUGACAACGAACCGAAAAGAAGUGAAUCGAUUCAUGGCUUCAUUACCAAUGUCUUUUAUUGCCUGUGCCAAACCAGCAAACAAGGAGACUGCCUCUUGUUGUGAUAGAUGCAAGCGCACAUCAUCAUGCUCGCAUCUGUCAUAGCGGCUCGCUCCUUGCGAUUAAUAACACGCAGUUUAGAGAACGCGCGCUCAACGUUAGUGCUAGAAACAGGAAUAGCCAGUAUGCUUGAGGCGCACUGCGAUAACAAAGGCCAAACAACAACUUUAUUUUCGACCUUUGAGAAUGGGGUAACAAAGGCCAUGUGCUGGAACAGGUCGUCCAAAACUGAAUAGCAGAUAUAUCCACCUGAGGGGAAGGGCAUACAGCAUAUUCGAAAAACUCGCGCUUUAUAUCAUUCAUACGAGAUUCAUCUCGUAGAACAAAUAAGAAUAAGUCCUCAUACAGUGAAGUGCCUUGAAGUGCCUCAGGAACGGAAACAGGGGUCACUCCAACUAGUAACUGGAGGGGAGUAGAUAGAGGAAUAGAAAAAACACAAAAAUUAACUAGAAGGCUAGGGCAGGGGAUGAGCGAUCGGCUUUUGAAACUGUUUGGGAGCUCCGUACACUCGUGAUCUCUUUUUAACCCGACAACAACAUACCAUAAAGGUUCUGAAUAGUAAAUUCACUAAAGGUAGGUGUGUCACUAAGUACGUGUGCUGCCAAAAGGCGGUCACCGACCGCACAAACACACACCGACCGACACACACAAACGCAAACCGAAACAAGAGCACAGCCCGAAGAUAAUGCCACGCUUGAGAAAUAGUCGACAAAGGGAGGUUCCAAGGGGAUUUCUCUUUGCCGUUCCAGGAAUGGCAGCUGUCAGGAUACGAGAAAUUCGGAUUUUUUCGGAAUAUUCCGAAUCUGAAAAAAAUCAUUCGGGGGGUGUUUUCCGGCAUUUUUCGGAAAAUGCCGAAAACCACGAACCCUACCCAUAUCCUUUCUCUUGAGGCAAGUCAGGGAGGGUGCAGGCAUCUAUCGACUAAGUCCUUUGUAUGUAUUCAAUAAAGAUGUUUCAGUGAAAGAACACACAGAGUCUCGUCAAAGUUAUUCGGACUGUUUAAUGCGUUGCAUGUCAAUAACCAAGCGGUAUUUCAAUAAAUCAGUGACAAGGUUGGCGAUGUAGCUGCUUGCAAAUGUCGCUGCUUCCACAGGGCGUGCUUAAUAUGAGCGAUGGCACGAGCGAGAAGGUCCACGAUGUCUGCAGCGAUGUAGUUGAAUUCUGCGUUGGCCAAGCUCACAAAUUCGUUCAUCAGUCCCAGGGGUCCGUCUGGAACCGUUAUGCAGACGUUCUUGUAACGGGCGUAGAUCCGACGCACGAUCUCCUGCAGCGGCCCCGGCGAGAUCUCUCCUAUAUUGCCAAAGCCUACCAUGUCUAUCACGUAGCGAAAAGCAGUGAUGACGAGCUCGUUGUGGGGAAUUUCGCCGUUGAAACAUUCCUUCUCCACUUCUUCCCAAGAAGCGUGGGUGCGGGAACAAUUUUGUAAAGAGUGGUAGCUGAACAUCUUCACGUAGUGAUGACGCGAGCACGGUGCGCGUUGCCUUUAUAGAGAUAAACGCGCGCAAAGAAACGAAAGUGAAACUCAGAAGCCACCCGUCGCCGCUAGGAGCGUGCGCGCGCGCAGCAGAGAGCCGAAACCGAAAACACCCGCGGGCGGCGCAGAGGGAGCUGCGCGCGCGCGCAUGCGCUGACGGGUGGAGCAGAGGGCGCGCGCGCGCGUCGCCUCACUCAGUUUCUCUCGGGCUGUCGCGGAAGACGGACGUGCGCUCCGCGCGCUCGCUCAGUUUCUGGCUGGCUCUCGUAGAGAGCAGACGUGUGUUCUCCGAGCUCGCUCAGUUUCUGCCUGGAAGUUGCCGCGGGGGAAAAGAGCUAUGAUGGUGGCGCCAUCUGGUGUGAUGCCUUGCAACUAAGUGGCCACCUGUCGUCGAUCUCUGCAACUACCCGACGUCAACAAGCGCUGGUCACCCCGGAGCCGUUUCUUCGCCGCGGCAUCGUUGAUUUUCGAAUAAAUUGUUUCUCUCCACUCUAUUUCUAUCUUUUUAUUUUAUUUUCUACCUAUUUUUUUAUUUUUUAUCAGCUCAAGUAGCCGGGAACUCACACAGUGGUCUGGACGUGUCUUAGAUGAUCCCCAAUUAGUGUAAUGACUCCCUGGUGGGUCCUGAAUAAUGUGGGGGGUCCCAAUUAGCUCUAAUUGCUAAUUAAUGGCGUCCAGACGAAGAUGUGAGUUUCCGGAUACUUGAGCUGAUACACUACUACUCACGUCACAGUGCCCGUGCGGGAGCAUCUACGUCAUAAAAGACGGCUGCGCCCAUCUGUGUUUCAGAAUGAAUCAUCUGUUUCGUUGACGUGGUACGGUACCGAACUUGGAAAAUGUAGGAAAAUGAAAUUUUGGGUAGAGUUCGAUGUGGCCAUUCAGAACACCACAACCGUUUCAACUGUUUAGGAUAACGGUGUAGCUGACCUUCAAUGCCAGGCGUUAAAAUUUCCUAUUUUGCAUAAGCACAUGUUUAACCUACUAUCUCUGGUGGCAUGAGGUCCUUCUUCACUUACGUAUGGGGCAUGUGGUUUAAUAUACAGGUUAUCUCAACAUUUCAGGUUAUCAAUACACUAUCAGCUGCAUGCUCUGCGGUCGUCGGACUACUGAUCACGCGUGCGGAACCUGCCGCUUUGGUUAUGGUCUCGAUGUCCAGAGGAGAAUCACCGAUCUUCACGAAGCUCAUCUUCGAAAGCUCGAAGACGAAGGUAACGCACUGGCCUCGCAAGAGCAACGAGAUCUCGUUGAAAGCUUCCUUGCCGAUGAAGAGCCGUCAGAGGACGAUCCUCGUGCUUUACUUUCCCUCAAACCAGGCGUUUUGUACAGAGCAGCUAUAGAAUUGCCUCAGAACGCCAACAAGGAAGACUUCAAGGUGUGUGUACGCAAGCUGAUUACACUGAAGGAACCUCUGCCCAAUAUCAUCAGCAGUAUGCAUGGCGUGGAGCUCCCAGGUCAUCGCAGGCAGGUCGUGGGCCAAGUCACGCCAUAGAGUAUGCGGUGCUGUGGUUACUCAGCUUCCUGAGGCAGCCUUCCUGCGGACAGGAAUCUGCAUUAAUUUCAAGCUUCCAACUGUGUUAUCUUGUUUGGUUGCUGUGGACUGAAGAAGCCCAGGGAACACAUGGUAGUCAACUAGACGUCCAGACCUGUUCUAGCCCUAGACUUUAGGGAUAGUGCCCAAACUAGACGUUGACUAGACGUCUAAAAGUCUUACCAUUAUUUAGACGUCUAAAAUUAGUGAUUUACUAGACAUCUUGUAGACAUUUAGUAAUUGACGUCUAAUUGUAGACGUCUUGUAGCUGGCCUUGUAUGUACCACAUAUUAGAAAUCAUCAAGAUUUUUGUUUUAUUAGCUUUUUAAGAGGUGUGAACACAUUCACACAUCAAAUACAGUCACUAUAUUAUAAGAGGUGGUUCUAAGCUUAGCUUUCAGGCUUACAAAACUGAAGUUCAAUUGUUACAAAACAUAUGCAGGAAACUGAAUUACUUGAUGGCAGAGUUAACAUAAUUGUGGUGUUCAAGUCGUCCGUGAACCGGCCCUGGUGAGUGAGUUUGUUCGCCUUCUGAUCCCGAGAUCGCUGGUUCGAACCCGGCCAAAAACAGCAGCAACUUAGUGCCAGGAUACAGGUUGCUUAGACAUGACAUCUUCCACAAGGGACAUUAAAUACGGUGUGUUGUGUGGUGAGCUUUCAUUGCACAUUUAAGGACACUCAGGUGGGCAAUCCACAGACCGACUGCUGUGGCGUCGCUCAUGAUCUCAGUUGUCUCGCAAUGUAAACCCCAAUUGUUAUUAGGUCUCCCAUGCUGGUAUUUGUCCACAAGAGUCGUCACAAGAAAUCUAAAAAAUGUAGCCAAAUGCAGAAAGAGAACUGGAAUUAGGAGGGCCAUCCAAAAAUAAGUUUCCCGAUAUUUGUUAUUCAAAGGAAACACCACUAGGACAAACUGAAUGGUGUAGUAGUUGGGUGUGACAUCCCGGCACUGCAGAUGUUGGUUAAUGGAGUGCCGUUCACCUAAUGUGUCAGGCAUUCAAGCAUGGAUGUAAUAUUUCCGAGUACGUCUGACUAUCCUAGUACGGAAGAGUUAUCCUAUUUUUCGUUAAAGAAUAAAAGAGUGAAAGAGUACUUUAGACAAUAUCCACUGACAGUUAACACCUGUUUAUACAAAACACUUUACAGGCAUUGAAAUGGUGUGUCCUCUAUACAGGGUCGUGAAAAUCUGCACAAUGAACAGUACAGUGGGAGAUCAGCUAUAACACCACGAAACGACGUUUCUUUUCUGAAAUUCCGAGAAUUGUUAACGGAGACUGGCGGGUCACUGGUACUGCACUCUGAUACUAAUGAGAACAAAUUUCCUUCAGCAUGGUCAACAAAAGUUAUGCGAGAUGGGGGCCACAUUUGCUCGGUAACGUUUGUAAAGAGCAACGAAUGAAUGCAGCUUGCAUUGUCCUUCAAUGGUAUCAAGACGGUCAAGAUGAAUUUCUUGGAACAAUUUUUAUUAAUGAAACCUGGAUGCAUUAUGCAAGUGCUGAGACAAAAUACCGUAGGAAGUCAUGGUGGGUGCCCGGUGAAAGCAUUCUGAAGGAGGUCAAACUCGCGUUUUCGUCUGGAAAGGCUAUGCCGACAAUGUUUUAGGACUAUCAUUGUGUGCAACUUGUAGAUUAUCUCACAUGCACAAUGACAGUAAAUGCAGAUGUACUGCGAGAUCCUGGGAAAGCGUCAAACUACAAUGAAACAAAAACGCACAGGACUUGGAAGGGUGUAGUACAACCACGUCAACGCUGUCUGCACUCGUCUUGAAAGACUCGGGAUUUGUUCCAGAAAUUCAUCUGGAAAUUUGCCAAAGAGAGAAAAAGUACACAAGCGAGCUGGUACAACGUUGAAAUAGGAAGCAUCACCUUGAGCAUGAGGAGAAUGAAGUAUACAGGAGACACACAAACGUGAGUUUCCUUUUCGUGGGCUUCCUGUAUACUUCGUUCUCCUCGUGCUCAAGGUGAUGAUUCCUACUUCAAUGAAAAUUUGCCCAAUCUGCUGUUCCAUCUUCCUCUCAAAGCACCCCUCGGCAGUCACCAAUUCGCAAGUGAUCAUGAAACACAAAUUGAUCAGGUGAAAUGCAAAGUGAAUGCCUCACUUUGUAAACAGGGCAUAGCAUGGCACAGACAACGUAUUGAAUACUUGGUAUCACAGUAUCAAAAAUGUUCAGCUAAAUAAGGUGACUGUGUUAGGGAGUAACGUUGAGCUCUAAUCUGUACAUAAUUUUUUUCAAUGUUGUGCUAUAGGUUUAUUAUUUUGAUCACAGCAGAGGAACUUUUGUUGGAUGAUCCUCAUACAUGAAGGAAAUUCCUUAUUAUCUUACUUUCCAUCACACGUGUGUGGAGCAGCAAGCACAAUCUGUUUGCAAAUGAUCAUACUGAGGUAAUAAAACUGGACUCUGCAACAACCUUCAGAAACUAUGCAAGGAAUGGACCACAUUAACUUUGUCCAAUUAUAUUAUGACCAAAUGGAUAGUAUGUAGUCUUUCAUGUUAUGUGAGUUGUAUGCCCAUAUAUUGUAACAAAAGAUCAGUCAAAUGAAGGCAGUCUGACUGAGGUAUGUAGAUAAUUUAAAUAAUGUCCAUACGUAUGAUGAUCCGAGUGUUUUUGGCUCACUGACAUGCAUAUACACUGACAGCAUCCACAACUAGAAGACAUUACCAGAAUCUAAGUGCUGUGAAGUAAUAUUUUAUUUUACUGAAUAUAUAUCUUUUUUUCUUAACGGAAGCCCGCAUUUGUUCGGGGCAAUGUUUUUGGAACUAGCGUUCCUGAUGGCGUUACCGUUGCGGGUAAAUGUAAUUUUGUACGAAGUAACUCCCCUGCACCAACACCUUAGCACCAACUGCUACACCAACUUAAAGAAAUCAGCAACUAAAUUAUUGAAUCACUGAAACGUCAAUAAAAAAGUCGACGACGCCGACGAAUCGUGCAGCGCAGCACUAUAAACCAUAGCUCCACAAACACAGAAGCACUUUGCACGUACUGUGGGCAGCAGAUAGCAGAUGUUUGUUUACUGCACAUAACAUUUUCCCACAAGCUACACAGCUGCAGCAGUAAAAUGGAAUCUGACGUGACUCAGGGAUUUCAGAACCCUUCAAAAAAUCUUGAAACUGCCCAUGGUAUCUCUUUGAAACCACUGAACAGGCAAUGCGCUACAUAUUAGGCACACCUGUAGCUCAGUAGCAAAGGCACUGAUAAAAUGUUUGCAAAAAGAACAGCGAUUUUCAACACAUACAUCACAAAAUACGACACUCGUCGCUGCAACAACGAUGGCGAUUGCAUAAUGAUGAUGAUGUUGGUGUAACUUCCGCUGGAUUGGCAUAUGUGUUAUUUAACAUUUAACCUCCACCACCCAAUUAUAAUGAACGGCUACGGAAAUUAAAGAUAUUACAAAAAAUAAGUACUCAAUAAGCACGAGCUAAAGCAAUGGCCAUGACGCCUGCCCGUCUACCCAGUUCGAACCAGUUCAGUUUCAACGGUUGAAACUUCAAACUUUCCGGACGCGCAACGGGUAGCAGUUGGGGUCUUCGCGACUGCAUUCCACUGGUUGUUAUACGAAAAUCUUUCGAAGUUCUAAUCUCCCGCGCGUUUUGUCUUGCAAUUUUUGAGCAUAGCGAGAACGUACGCCGUGCUGUCCAGUGAUAAAAGCUGUUGAGCACAGCAGAGCUCCCAGAGUACUGUGGUGGACAACGUUUCUUUGUUCUCUGGCUUUCUAGUUUAAGGGGUGAGUUCACUCUUCAUUAAAGUAUGUGCCUGUUUCUGUGCACCAAAUCGCAUGUAGUAGAGAUGCGUGGCAUAAUAUUGGAAUAUCGUUUCCUUUAUUUCGGCUUCGUAUCACCGAUUGAAGCAUAUUGGAAGUGUGGGUUGACCUGACUGCACUUGCAUUCAAAGUAGUGAUUAACGUUGUAUGUUCGGCAGUACAACGUUUCAUUAAGUGCCUUGGUUCGUCUUUGUGCUAAAACAAAUACGGUAUCACUAAUUAACCAUCGAGAUUAACGAGUUUUCGAUGACUGUUGAAGUCUUGACUAAACGAAAGUCGACAGUUUCGGUUUGCAGGGCGGACAUGCCGUAACAUAAAUGCUGGUUAGUUCAUUGUCAUGUCAGCCCGACUUCGGUUGUUGCAUUUUUCGCUGGUAGUGAAACUACACACUGAAAAUUUUGCGCAAGUACUUUUGUUUGCAUAUCAUGGUUUCAUAGCAACUGGGUUUUUCUUUUUAUAGGUGCUUGGACUAUCUUGCAUGAAAAUAGUGGUAACCUACCCUACGAAACAGCUGUUUGCACAUAAGCUUAACAGUUCCCUGUGAGGUGAGGGGAAGCAGUUGUCACUGACGUGUGACUGUGUUGUCCUCCAAUGUUCCUGAUGUUCGAUGUGCCCCCUAAUCUUACUCUGGAGGGUGCCUCUUUAAAUUUUUUGUCAACAAAGUAUUGCAAAUAUAGUUGGUGGAAGACUCUAACUGCUUUCCAUUUACAUGGUUGUCUUGUGGUUAACGAAAUCGAACUUUUUUUCAGAUGCUGUGAAAGUCAGCUGUGAAAGUCAGCAGGGAAGUGCGAUGUAGAAGAAACGACUGCCAGAAGCUUGCUAAGGAACCGCACAACCUGUGUGGGCAGCAGACAAAAUAUUCAUCAAACGGUACAAAACUAGUAUUUUUGUGCUUGGUCGUUUUGAGACAUCCUUGGUAUUGUAUGGAGAACAGCGUGACUAUGUCAUUCCGUCUUACUUCACCCAAACAGCUAUCUGGUAGUAGUGCAAGAUUUGAGUUCCUAAAAGCUUUAUUCACUGAAGUCACCUCAGCGCCAUACUAUAGGUCCCGCAAUGUUUAGUCCUUGCAUUUGUUUGCUGCAUUAUGCUUUUUAGGUGACUAUUAACACCAAAAAUAUGGAAAUGCUCAGACAUUCUACAAAUCACAGAGCAACAAGUUUUAAACACCAGAUAUAUACCGUGAGUAUAAUAUGGGUAACAGCUUGACUGAAAUCUACAAUAGGGUCGAUGGCAGCAAAUCUGCCUGCUAGCGACAGUGGCGGUCUCCUGCGGAUGACGUCAUGUGAAUAAACUUGUAUACUACUUGUACGUACUUAUAAUAUUUGACGUGGUGAUACAGCUCUUGCUUUGUAUUGUCUUUUAUAAUAUACACAGUGUUUAUUUUUAUCCUGUACAGAAGUUUUGCACCAAAGUUAUGAGAGCAGCACAGAUGUUGUUUUAGCGUAAUGGAGUGAUGGAAGUGCUGCGCCAAGCAUGGAGUGCUUAGCAGUCGCCUGCUCGACCAGCCACAGUGAGUCAUUGGAGGCAGUGCUGCAGCACCAACAAUCACUCGUUGGAAGAAAGGAAUGAGGUGGCCAUCAACACCCUGCUGCCAGUUCAACACUCCUCAGUCAAAACACAAGACGCCUGCUUGGCGGCAAAGUCAAUCCAGUUUUAGACAAGAGUUUUGUACCGUAGACUUCGUUUGUGGUUUACUGCGACUAAAUGUUUAUGCUGAGAUCUGUGUUGCUAUCAAUUAUAUCAUAUUUCUGCAUGAAUGCAUGCCAGGACGGUAGCAGGACUAGCCAUGGUCUAAAGUAGGUCUAAAGGUGGCUAAAGUAAGGUACAGGAAAUGUAUAACCCUAGACCUGUCGCCUGAAUGGAGGGAUAAAAUUGAUCUAGCUGUAGACUUCAUGUCUAGUACAUGGUUAAGUGUCUGACCCUGUUCCAGACAUCCAGGUCAAAAGAGUGUCUAAAUCACGGCUAGGUACAUAGACAUCGGAUGUCUAGGGCUAGAUGGCUAGGUGGCGUAACGUUAGACGUGUUAUUUGACGUCUAGUGGAGGGAUACUAGACAUUUGGUCUAAUUGCCUAGACAUUCUAUAGACAUUCCUUAUCUCUUUUUUUAGACGUCAUUUAGACGUUUACUAGCCCACCAUGUGCUCCCUGGGAGGAACCUGUACAUUACAAGUUUAAAAGUAGCAUGAUUUUCCUUCGGAUUGUCGCUUAGUUUUAUGGAAAGAAAACAGCCUCGAGGGACCUU